CGCAGUCUCAGUCGAGUGCCGCCUGCGCCGCACCGCGGACCCAAAGCCACUUUCUAACCGCUCGCCAUUGCAUUCGAACUUCGAACGGUAUCCACACCUAUCAGCGCGAUGCUGCCGUUAUUCCAAUUUUAAACUUUUCACUUUUGUCUUAAAAAGAAAACACAAACUUUUUUUAUUUUCUGCAUUAUUUCAAAGCUAAGAAAAUUUUUUGUUUCCAAAAUCAAAGUGAAGUGACGAAAUAAGUUGCGUACUCUUUCUUUUUCUAUUUAUAAAUAAAUACUAUGAGAAUUUAGUGCAAAAGUGAAUUAUGCUACAGCCAAGAUUACCCGGAUUUUGUGGAAAAAUGAGGGCUGAAACAAUUAGUGCGAGAUGGAGCUUUGUGUUGGUUGCGGUUGUGUUAAGCGCUGCGCUUGUGAGAUGUCAAGAUAUAUAUGAAAAUGAAUCAAUUGAAGCAACGAGGAUAAAAAGAGAAGGGGUCCCGGAAAACAGGGCCUUCAACACUAAUGCGAUAGUUUACGAUAAUUCUCCUUGGAGGCCUGGACGGGAUAUGAUCGUGGAACGACCUGUUCCAGAAGAGGAUGAAAGGAAAUUGAAGAAACUGGCAACUAAAAUUAUGUCCAACGGAGUAGAGGUCUUAGUGAAAGAUAAAAAUCCCGAUGGCAAACCCGAGCAGACCAAGUUCAUGGAAGUAAAAACUAUUUUACCGACUGCACCAAUAAGUGCAUUUGCAAGCUUAGCUAAAAUCGAGAAAAGAAUAGACAAUCAAGAAGGUGACAACUUUGAUUUGAUACAGCCAUCUGAAUUGAGUCACACUCCUUGUACAACUUCAUGUUCUUGUUCUAACACGGAAACAGAAGGUUUAAAGACUAAAUACAUAAACGAGGAUACAUCUGUUCUACAAAAAUACGGUUACAAAACAUCAAAAUACGGAGGUACCAAAUUGGACUUAAGACCUACCCACAAAGAAACUCUUGAUAAGAAAACACAAUAUGGUCCUUAUGAAUAUGAAACGAGCUCACACACAGCGCCCACAGAUAAAAUAGUUGAAAAAUAUACGGAAGUUGUCAAUGACUACUCUGAUGAAAAAGAUAGCAGCAGUUCAGUGGAAGAAAGUGAAUUAUUAACAAACGAACAGGCUCCAUCCCCACCUAAUAAUAAAUUAACUACAAAUAAAGUACCUGACAAAAACAAACCAGAGAAAAUUCAAAAACCUAAUAAAAAUAAAUUUGCUGUUGCAGACUUGCUGAAACUUGGUAGUUUAGGUAUUAAAGGCUUAUCUCAGUUAGCACCCGUAUUUGAAAAAAUGACUGGAGGAUUUAUAAAACGUCAAGAUACAGUUAACAAAACGACUUCUACUACUACUUUGAAACCAGUAGAAAAACUUACAGCAUACAGCGUGAAUAAAAGAGUAGAUACCGAUUUUGAAAUAAAACCAAACCAUUUCCCUAUUUACAUACCUGUGGAUGAGUUAGAAACAUCUGAGUCUCAAAUAGCUUUUACUAAUGCAACAUUGCAUCAAAACUUAGCAUGGGCAGCAGAACAUAAACAACCUAAAGCCCACAUAGUACCGCCUAAAAUAAUUCAUGAAAGCCCCCUUGUCAAUGGUGGAAUACCGAUUAGUCCUGGUGAGAUAAUUACAGCUAAUUCAGAUGUGAUAGUCGGAAAGCCAGCAGUAGGUGGGCCUCUGACCUUAGGUGCAAGUGGUUUCAAAUUACAAAAUCCAGUAAAUCCACCUAUUGGAGACAAUUUUGCUGCCGGAAAUGAAGAGUAUUUAAUACAAGAAAAGCCCCCGUUUAGUGAACAAGCUCUACUAGCAACAAAGAUUGAUGAUUCAUUUGAUCUAAGACCACCAGAAAUUCCUCGAGUAAAACCCAAGCCAAACCGAGUUCAUACUUUAAGACCAAAUACGAAUUUACACAUGAAACAAAAUUAUUCGCCGCCAAAUAAUAUCCCACAUCUUUCUUCAUCUAUUGUGAAAGUUCAAAAUGACAAUUUAAUGAAAACAGAACAUAUUAAAAAUACACAUACUAUAUUGGGAAAUCAUGGUCGACCUGCCUUUUUAGAUUACAUUCCAUCAUUAGCCAAACCAACAUCGCCAGCAGUUCAACAUCAUAUUGAUUUUCGACCUCUAAAUGAUGGUUUAAUAGAAGAAGAAAUCUUAGAUAAUAACCCAAGUUCAUCUGAAAUUAUAAAUACAAGAGUGAAAUCAGAUAAUAACUACGCAAUAAGUAGCAAUGUUGAUUCAAACAAGCCGUUUUUAGUAGAUAUUCAACCAUCAAGAGUCGCCAAUGUGCUUAUACCCCAUGGAAGUUCGACGGCUUUGGUAUUUGCAGGAUCAUCUGAACCUCAUAAAACUGGUGAUUACGUUGAUGACCCUUUGCCUUACCCAGAACCAGGAUAUUUUGGAAGUUUCAGUAUUGACGCCCCACAAAUGACUAACGUGCAUAAUGUAGCUCCAAACAGUAACAAACAAUUUGAUCCUAGACCUAAUAAUAACCCAGGUACACCAGAAUCCAUUAAAACUACGUCACCAUCGUACAAAGAUCGACCUUUUAAAAACGACUUAAAAGUAAAAUGGAAAGAUUCGAAGCGUCCUUAUGACUUUAAGAUUCCUCCACCAAUUAGCAACCAAGAAACACAUGUACAGGUAGGACCUCAAAUAACUGUAUAUAACCCGGAUAUAUAUCGUCCAAAUAAUAACGGUGAUUUUGAAAAAUAUCCACCCGUCAGAGGUGAUCACUACAAAAACAAAGAUGUGAUUGAUAAAGAAUAUGAAAAUUAUUUGGCAGUACCACCUCCUCCACCUCCAAAAGCCCAUUUUAAUUCUGAUACGAUGUAUGACAGCAAUAAGAAUAAACCCCAUAUUCAAAGACCAAUUGUUCAUAACAAACCUAUACAAGAUAUGAAAGUAUUUCUUAAUGUUCAACACCCGGUUCCAAAUCUUGAACAAUCACCUCCUAAAGUUACUUCUGAAAUUUAUUUUGCAGCGCAAGCACCUAAUACCAAACCAUCUCCUACGUACACUAUUCAUAUUCCUCCUGCACAUCCAACAAAAAUGUAUGGUAAUCAAUAUUCUCAAAAUAAUGGGCUGAAUAAAGUGCAACAUAAAAAUCCGAAUUUUAAUUUAGUCCAUAAUUCAUUCCCGGCUUAUUCUCCUUCUGUUGUGAAUAACAAAACAGUGCAGGCUAACGAAAUUCAACACAAUGAUAAUACCUAUUCGGUGACUUUAAAUACUGCCACAAAUAUUGCAAAUAAUAUUGGUGAUUCCGGGAAAGUAGUUGGAUCGAGUAUGUCUGUACCUAUUGGGUCAUCAACAAAUGUUGGAUUAAUGAAUACAGAUAUUCCAAUCGGCACAAACUUUGCAAUAAGGGUAGAAGAUGAUUCAAUACCCUUUGAAUCUUACCACCAAGAAAAACAAGAAAAUCUUGGUGAAUUUGAAAAACCAGACCAUUUAAAUAGUCAUACUAAUUUUGAUAAAGUAAAUGAUAACAGAUGGAAUAAUAGUACUAGUGAUAAAAUAGAAGUAAAGUAUCCAAGUAUUAUAAAAGGUAGUAGUUUGAUUAACGACAAGAAAAUUAUACCACCUUCUCAAAAUAGUCACGCUAAUUUCCCUAUGAUCAAUGAUUAUGCAUCGUCAAAAAAUACAGAUGACGGUGUCAAACCAGUCACAGAAAUUUCACAAGAAGUUACACCGAUUAUUCAACAGAGACCUCCUAAAGUAAUUCCAAAUAUACCUACUAAUUCCCACGGAUGGUACUCGAGUGUUCUAAUGAAUGAUAACACUUUGAGCCAUAUUAAUAAUAUAAGGCUAGAAUCAAGCACUAGAAAAGCAAUCCCAUUAUUGCAAGAUUACAACAUAAACGGUGUUCCUGAUUUUGGGCAAAAAAUUUCAAGUGUUGGUAAACCUCCUUCAGAGUUUUGGCCUCAGAAUACAAGCGCCAAGCCUGAUCAGGUCAGUUUUAGUAUAGGGAAACCCUUCAGUAAGCCGCAAACGGAAAAACCCAGUGUGAGUUCCAUGCAACAAAAACAAAAGAGUAAGCAGCCAUUAAAUAAUUUUAAUUAUGUGCCAUCUAAUUUUAACUUUGGCUCUAUAAGACAGCCAGCUUACGAUAUACCUAUAAGAGAUAAUAGUGAAGAAACGACUACAGUAAAGCCUACGAAAUCAACAACAGAAAUAAUUAAACAAGUUUAUGAAGAUUCUGAGGAGAUUUAUGAUGGUGAAGAGGAAUCUGAGAACAAUGGUGAGCUGGAUGGUGAAGUAAGUCAAGAGUCCAUGAAAGUUCCCGUUGUUAGCACUUCAAGUGAAAUCGACAAUGUAUCUAAAUCGUCAACUGAAUUAACGUUAUUGCAGGAUGAAGUAUAUGAUUCACCAACACAAACUACGAAAGAAAAGCCUGUUCAAUUUGUAGAUUUUAAUCCAGGAACGCAGACUGAAAAACCUUUUAAGCCAUCAAAUAAAACUAACAUUUUCCAAUCGAAUUCGAUAAAACCAGUGUAUGAAGAUAAUUCAUACAUGAAACCAAGACCAUUUACUAUUAAUACAGCAAUAACGUUAGAUCAUCAAUUACAGCAGCCGCAUUGGCAAAUUAACCAAUUAAUGGAAAAUUCCACAAAUAUGUCUUAUGAAGAGAAUUUAGAAUUAAAUAUUGGUGAAGAAAUUAAUAAAGUAACUUCAACAACAAAAAGACCUUCGACUACCAAACGACUUGUUUCUACAAAACAGUCUCCGUCAACUCAAAGAAGUCCACCGUUCCGACACCCUCAGCCUGAUCUCAAAUACAAACGACCACCGAGACCGAUAUUUACACGCCCUAAAAAUAUUUCUCAACCUAACGAAUCAAAUAUAAUAACAUCAACUGUUCAUAUUCAAGAUAAGACACCAUUAAUAGUCGAAAAAGCUUCAGAAAAAGCAACUCUAUCACCUUACACAAUUACAGGUGACUUAGAUUUAAACAGAUCCUCUAGUGAAAUAAUUGAUUUAUCUCCUCCGCCACCUACAAUGGAUUAUGAUUUCAAACCUUCAACAAAUGAUGAAAUUAUUAUGGGCAUGAGUCCACCACCGCCUAGAACACCUUCAGCAAUCAGACCUAUUACAAGGCCUCCUGUUACUUCUCGACCAGUUCUACCAAUAAGAACACCACCACCAUAUAGGACAAAACCACCAAGAACUCUACCUCCUAGAGUACCAACUACACAAAGACCUAAUAGAAAACCAACUACAUAUAGGCCACCGUAUGAUUUUACUUUUAACUUUCUUUCUACUCAACUAUUGCCUCCUCCUAAAGAAAUUCCCACGAAAGUAGUUGUGAAUGAUAUGUCUGGGCCAACAAUUAGUACCCCUUCGUUUUCUAACGUCGUCUUCCCGUCUCCAAUUUCUUCAGGGUGGCUAACGUCCUCUGGGGUGGAAUUCUCAUCAAGCUUUAAUUUUGGUCCCUCAUCUGUACAAUUCCCGGAAUUUACAAAACCAACCAAAUUACCAGAAGUCAUUGAAAUAUCACACUCAGACAGUUCCAAUUCAUAUGAAACAGAAACUUCAUCUGAGCACAUUGAUAUUACAAGUACAGAAAGGCAUGUAACGGAAGACAGAAUCUUUACAACGUCAAAAGAAAUAAGCACAGAACAUACUACAAAAACAUCAACUACUUCAACUUCAAGUGAGAAUGAAAACGAAAAUGAUUCUGAUAAAAAAGAAUACAGUCAAGAAGAAGUAACCACUGAUAAAAUGAAAGUCAUUCCAAUCAACAACAAAAAUAGGACACGUAAACCAUAUCCUCUUCGUAAUGAUAAUAAAAAAAUAACAAGUAAAUCCAAAUGGCCUUCUAUUGCUACACCAGUAAUCAAGCCCACAAAGACAAACUAUCGCCCAGAUGUAGCAUAUCCAACACGACACGUUUCUACUAGAAAGAUUGUUAGACCUAUUCCAACACGUGUUUCGAUAGAUUUAGCUUCGCAAGCUACAUCCACGAGUAUUUUAGAAAGCUCGGAAACAUUUAUUGAUGAUAUGAUGGUUAAACCAACUGAUGUACUUCAGAGUCCUGGAUUGCCCUCUAUUUCGCGAUUAGACGUAUCAAGCUUUGUAGAAAAAACGAGUUCUAACAUAAUCACACCCAGCUUAGAUGAUGUAUUAUCAAGCGUCAGGGCAACGCAUCAUGCUGGUAAUGAAAUAAAAAUAUCAGACGAAGUUUUACCAACAAAGACAGAGUACAAAACUACAGUCAUUACUUUAACGAAAACUUUAUCAGAACCACCUAAAACAAUUUCAAGUAUAAAUUACGUUAACCUAACACACACAUUGACUGUCACUCAUACUAAGACAAGUCUUGUUAGCCAAUCAGAAGGUGCUGUUACACAAACAUUAGUUUUAACGAAUACUCAUACUUCUACCAUAGUAGAUGUUGUAACAGAAGUGCAUACACAGGUACAACCAACAACAAUAAUCGAGACGGUGACAAAACAUAUUCCUGUACCUCAAGUAGAACCCACGAGUGUAAAAGACGUGCCACUUAAAACGCAGCUGCCUUUAGACGAUAUUUCUAUGUCCUAUGAAGAUAAUGAUAAUUUGAUAUUCAAGGACAAAGAAACUACGGAGAAUGUACAAAAGAUAGAAACCGAAGGUGAAGGUGAUAAUGAUACAUUCUUCGUUGUAAUGAAUAAAUCUCAAAACGGUGGUCACGCUCCACCAAUUAGCACUGAUAUUGAAACUGAAGAUUACGAUGGGGUUACAAGAAAUGAACAAGUGAAUAAUAAUGGAGUAUCACAAGUACUAUUUGGAGAAAUACUUCUAGCUGGAACCCCCUACUUAGAAACUACAAAUGUUGUUAAUACUGCAGGUGUUUCUUAUGGUAAAGAGUGUCAUCCGGACUGUAAAGCAUCUCGUAAUGAACGUUGCCAUAGAAUUGAUGGAAUCAUGAAAUGUGUCUGUAGACCAGGCUUCGCUAGAAUGUUCCCGGAUAGGCCUUGUAAACCAACAUACACAUACUCAGUUAAACUAGCUCUUGGCUCUCAAGGAAAUGAAAGCCUUCAAUUCCACGAAAGUCUCUCUGACAACACUAGCAAACAGUACCAUGCUUUGGCGAUGGCUUCACAUGAGGGUAUCAACAGAAUGGUGAUGCAGUCAGACUUGAGAGAUGUUUACCACGGAGUUCAUAUCACCGGCUUUCAACCAAUACAGAUUAAGAAACCAGAUGGAGAGAUGUACCAAGGCGUGAUGAAUGAUUUCUAUGUACAGCUUUCUGACAACGCACAUGAGAGUCGUCUCAAGGAAGUGAUAGAGAAAUACUUAAGGAACAACAACUACAGUUUGGGUGGUACGGACGUCCUUGCAGCUGCUGACCUUGUUGAUAGGUUGAAUGUCAGUGACUUUGAUGAGUGCAAGAGCGGUCAAUUCCAUGACUGCUCAGAGCAUGCUCAGUGCUUCAACCUGAGAGGGACUUACACUUGUAGCUGUUUGGAGGGCUUCGCCGAUCUCAGCGUCAACACUCUCUACCCUGGGAGAAUAUGUUCAGCUGAACCGGUUGGGUGCGAAAGGUGCAAUUACCACGGAGCUUGCUACACACGCGACGAUAGGCGGGUGCUAUGCGAAUGUUUCCAGUGGUACGCCGGCAGCUCGUGUCAAAUCAAUCUCAAAGUGGUGCUGAUCUCCCUAGUGGUGGCCGGUGCUUUGCUGUCAGUGGUUCUAGCAGCGUGUGCCGUCCUCUCUUGUAAGAGGCCGCGUCGUCAGCCGCGCUCUAUUGUGACUUGCAUACAGAGCAUGCCUGCUCUACACCAGGCUGCUAUACCUUCGAAGCAAAGAGCGGAUCGGAGGGCUCUCAUCACGGAGAGAGAGGCUGGAGAUGCGUCUAGUAUCCAAAAUGCAUCACUACCUUAUAUGCCGUCUAAGCGCUCGUCUCCCGGCAAGAAGUGUGUGAUCUCCGAGCCGCCAGCGCACGAUCCGCCGCCGCCCCCGCCCGCCGUGCUCAUCCCGCGCGCGCGCCUCCACCCGUUGCACGGAGACAGUCGGGAGAAUAUAUCCAAGAAAUUGAGUUUGGAGUUGAGCAGUGAAGCUAAGCUGAUCAGCUACUUGGAAUCGGGUGCGGUAAUUAACAAUGACGAGAUGAGGAGAAAACAUAGCAUGGAGUCCUCUUAUAGCGCGAACAAGGACAGACAUAAUAAACAAGGAGCUCUAGUGUCAGCUGGUUUUAAAGUAUCAACAACCAUCAGGCCUGAUGAAGGCGGAAAGGACGAUAGAGAUGACAUGUCUUCUGUGCGCAAGGGAGACUUGGAGACAGACCUUUCAAGAUUUGACUCGCUUAGGAAAGCCUACAGCCAAGAAGAAUUGUCAGAAUGGACUGACGCAGAAAGAAGAAUUGGAGAGUUGACUUUAUCAGAAGCUCGUUCAGUAGGAGGCACUUUGCCAGCCAGCACUGGCAGAGCAGCAUCAUCUACUCGUCUCACCCAUCAGGAGGCCAACACGAUGGCUGAACGAGACCUCGGCUCCACUUUCCUACUGCCGCACGUGCACCUCUAUAAGCCAGACCUUACGAGUGACGUAUCUGAAUUUGAUUCCCUGUAAACUACGAACAAGUCAUAAAUAUAGUGUAAGAUUGUACUUAAAUACUUGUAAUUUUUUCAUCUGUGAAACUUUGAAAUUUUUUACUUUAACCACCAAAGGAAGACUUUAUUUAUUGACUAUUUAUUCUUAUUGUUGAUAAUUUAUGCAAUGUUAAUAAAAUAAUUUGUACACAACAGCAUGAUUGAAAAUUUUAUAUUAAAAUGCCAUAGUAAAUUUAAGCAUAACUAGUUUUAAGACAUCGUAAGCGUGACGAAUGAAAAUAAUUUGAAUGAGAAAUCAAGAAAGAAUGUAUAUUUUUGUAAGUUAUACGCUUGGAUUUCUCGUUUGAAGCAUUUUCGUUCUAAAAAUUUAAAAUUUCAUUACAUUUUUCAGUGCCAACUCAUGACAUUUUGUGUAAGACAUCAGUACUUUAUUGUAUUUUUUUUACCAGUUCUCUAGACAUAUUUCAAGAGAGAGAGAGAGAGGCAAAAUAGAGGCAUUUUUUUUUACUUUUGUAAAUUUUAGUGAGACGUGGAUAUAUUAAAAGGCUCAUAUUUAAAUGAUUUUAAAAGCAAAUAGUAAUUGAUUUUCGAAAUUAUAAAUUUUUUAACCUAACUUUUAGGUUACAAAUUGUAUUAUUUAGAUGACCAUUUACUAUUGUUUUGAGGAUCAUUUAAAUAUUUACAAUAUUAAAUUGUUAUUCUAAUUGAACAUAAUUUAAUUGUAAGUUUUGUUGAUAAAUGAUUUAUUCUCGAA